ACCACUUGCCCUUUGGCUGCCGAACUGCCUGCGUGUGCCAGGCCCAGCCCAGCGACCACCAUGGUGAGGCUUGUGCUGCCCAACCCUGGCUUAGAGGACCGGAUUCCAUCUCUGGAUGAAUUAGAGGUCAUUGAAAAGGAAGAGGCCGGCUCCAGGCCCAAAUGGGACAACAAGGCCCAGUACAUGCUCACCUGUGUGGGCUUUUGUGUGGGGCUGGGCAACGUGUGGCGCUUCCCCUACCUGUGCCAGAGCCAUGGAGGAGGGGCCUUCAUGAUCCCAUUUCUCAUCCUUCUGGUGUUGGAGGGCAUUCCUUUGCUGCACCUGGAGUUUGCCAUCGGACAGAGGCUGCGCAAGGGCAGCGUGGGUGUGUGGAGCUCCAUCCACCCUGCUCUGAAGGGUGUAGGCAUCGCCUCCAUGUUCGUGUCCUUCAUGGUGGGUCUGUACUACAACACCAUCAUCGCCUGGGUCAUGUGGUAUUUCUUCAACUCCUUUCAGGAACCUCUGCCAUGGAGUGAAUGUCCACUCAACCAGAAUCAGACAGGCUAUGUGGAAGAGUGUGCCAAGAGCUCUUCCGUGGACUACUUCUGGUACCGAGAGACUCUCAACAUCUCCACUUCCAUCAGUGACUCGGGCUCCAUCCAGUGGUGGAUCCUGCUCUGCCUGACAUGUGCCUGGAGUGUGCUGUAUGUGUGCAUUAUCCGUGGCAUCGAGACCACUGGGAAGGCUGUGUACAUCACCUCCACCCUGCCCUAUGUUGUACUGACCAUCUUUCUCAUCCGUGGCUUGACUCUGAAGGGUGCCACCAACGGCAUUGUCUUCCUUUUCACACCCAAUAUCACGGAGCUGAGCAACCCCAACACGUGGCUGGAUGCAGGUGCUCAGGUCUUCUACUCCUUCUCACUGGCCUUCGGGGGCCUCAUCUCCUUCUCCAGCUACAACUCCGUGCACAAUAAUUGUGAGAUGGAUUCUGUGAUCGUGUCCGUCAUCAAUGGCUUCACAUCUGUGUAUGCGGCCACCGUGGUCUACUCCAUCAUUGGCUUCCGAGCCACUGAGCGCUUUGAUGACUGUGUCAACACGAACAUCCUGACCCUCAUCAAUGGGUUCGACCUGCCGGAGGGCAAUGUGACUUCAGAGAACUUUGAGGCCUACCAACAGUGGUGCAAUGCCACUAAUCCCCAGGCCUAUGCACAACUGAAGUUUCAGACCUGUGACAUUAACAGCUUCCUUUCUGAGGGUGUAGAGGGCACAGGCCUGGCCUUCAUUGUCUUUACUGAAGCCAUCACGAAGAUGCCUGUGUCUCCACUGUGGUCGGUGCUCUUCUUUAUAAUGCUCUUCUGCCUGGGCCUCUCCUCCAUGUUUGGGAACAUGGAGGGUGUGGUCGUACCCCUUCAGGACCUCAAUAUCACCCCUAAGAAGUGGCCCAAAGAACUGUUGACAGGUCUCAUCUGCUUGGGGACAUAUCUCAUCGCCUUCAUUUUCACACUGAAUUCAGGCCAGUACUGGCUCUCCCUCCUGGACAGCUAUGCUGGCUCCAUCCCUCUGCUAAUCAUCGCCUUUUGUGAGAUGUUUGCCGUCGUCUACGUGUAUGGAGUUGACAGGUUCAACAAGGACAUCGAGUUCAUGAUCGGCCAUAAGCCCAACAUCUUCUGGCAAGUCACGUGGAGAGUGGUCAGUCCACUGAUCAUGCUGGUCAUCUUCCUCUUCUUUUUUGUGAUUGAGGUCAACAAAAGGCUCAUGUAUAGCAUCUGGGACCCUGACUAUGUGGAAUUCCCGAAAUCUCAGAAGGUUCCAUACCCCAACUGGGUGUAUGCAGUUGUGGUCAUUGUGGCUGGAGUACCCUGCCUCACCAUCCCCUGCUUUGCCAUCUACAAGCUCAUCAGAAACUGUUGCCAGAAGUCUGAUGACCACCAUGGGCUGGUCAAUACACUGUCCACAGCCUCUGUGAAUGGGGACCUUAAGAACUGAAUGGACCUAGUUUGCAUAAGACAGAAGAUAGUGUGGAGGAAGCAAAAUGCAGGACUCACGGGGGGAAGUAGGCUGUAAUAUGUGUGAAUGUGUGAGUACAGAUACAUGUAUUCAUGUCACACAGAUGUGUACACAAGUGCUACACAAACAUGUGGGACACAUAGACAUGCUUAAAUAUAGAUCACAUGUACCACAUGUGAACAUAAGUGUAUAUGCAUGUGUGAGUUUAUGUACACAUGAUGUGCAUAUGUUUGUGUAUAUAUUCUGAGGGCAUAUUUAUGCACACAUAUAUAUGUGUGCACACAUGUGUUAUCUAGAUGUAUAUAUAUGCUCACAUGUUAACACAUAUCUGAGUAUGCAUGUGUAUACAUAUGUUCACAAAUGGAAUCUAUUGAUAUGUGUA